UUUUCAGAGUCGGCACUCCCCAACUUGAAUUCAAUCAUGGAUCCUCCAUUAACCCAAAUCAAUUUUGAACUCAACGGACCUGCUAAGAAUCACAUUAUCAAAUUUCUAAACGAAUCGACAGGAAGAAUCAAAAAUUACGUAUACAACGAAGCGACGGACUGUUUUGAACCAACUGAGUUAGAUACAAAUGCUGGCGAGCAGGAAUUAAGUGAAGUAGCAGACUUGGAAAAAGAAAGAUUUGCCCUCGAUUCGGAUUUAACUCCGAUAGAACUGAUACAAUGUGAACAUGACGAGAGUCUCAUAUUUUCUGCAUUCAAUCAUUUCAACAAAACGGAAGGAUUCUACGUCUAUAAUAGCUUCACGAAUCAUAUUCACGAGCACGUGGGCUGUAAGACUUGCCCAAGAGCACCUAUUGUGCUCAAUCAACUAAUUGGUUCUCCACAGGAUCCGCUGCUAAUUGCCUUGAAAAUUAAUAGAGAAGGAAGACUAAUCAAGGGAAAUGAAUUUGAUGAAUUUGGCCCUUCAAAGAUCCUCAAAGAAAAUGAAAGAAAACAUGAGCAUGUGCAGAUGCUGAGUAUGAUUGAGCAGUUGAAGUUCAACCUGAAUACACAUAAUUUGAUAUUGAAUGACCAACUUAAGAAGAAAAGGAAAAGAGUUAGUGAAUUGGAGCAAGCACUCAGAAAGAGGAAUAUGAAAUCAGAACUUGCCACCGACUUUGAUCUCUACCCGAAAUACAUCAAUUUCUGUCCGCAUACCAAUCAUUUUUUCAUCACUGCAUACAAUAAUGUUUCCAAGCGUAUUGGUCAUUACGUGUUCAAUCAAAAAUUUGGACAAUUGCACAAGCAACACUAUUGUCCGAAAUGUACACUUUUUGAUAAGGGCAACCGAGUGAACGCAGAACAAGUGAUAAUGCCCGUUGUAACUUCGAGCGGUGAAUGGCCAAUCGUGUUGUGUACUGAUAAGGAAGGCAGAUUGUGCAGGGACAGCUUCUUGAAGCCCGAGGGAACAUUUUUGAAAGUACCCGGGCAAACUCUUGGUGCAACAAUGGAUAUUAAUGAGAUAAAUACUUCAUUGAAAGCUGAUGUUGUUCGUGAGCCAAUAAGAACGAAUGACGUCACUCUUUACCCAAAAUAUAGUUUCUAUUGCGACCACGUGAAAUCAAUUAUAAUCAACGCAUUGAACGAAGAAACCGAAGGAUACUACUACUACAAUCACACCAGCGGAAUUAUUGAAGAACACGAGAACUGUGAAGAUUGUCGUGGAGUAUACCCAAUCCAUAACUUGAGCCAUCGACUAGUCAUAAUGUCAGCCAGAAGCCCAUUCUACAGUCCACCAAUUUUAUUGAUGAUAAAUAAGAUUGGAGAGCUUGUGAUUCGCGUUUUUCAUUUCAAAAGUUCCCGUUUCACACUUGUACGCCCGCUUGUUUUUUUGAAGAAAGAGUGUGAAACUUAUGUGCAAAAUUCCAAGAAAGAAUUAGUUUUGGUUCUCCACAAAGCAAUGAAACAAGAUCCCUCUCUUCUCGAUACUUGUAUCAAGAGGUGCCAAUUUCCACAUCAGUUUGUGGAUGUGAAUCCAGGCGAUGUCACUAAUAUGGUGAUAGCUCAAGUUCACGAGGAAAUCGACGGUUUGAAGGAUCCAGAACUUGAUGAAAUUUGCCUGAAGACUUGCCAGUUUGUAUUUGAAAACAUGAAGCCUGAUGAUUCUGCUGAAAAACAAGUGGAAUCUUCGGAAGAGCCUGCUAACCCAAUGGACAUUGAACAAUCUGAAAAAGACUCAGUUGAAGAUCUGGAGGCUUCACGUGACUGCAAUCACAAGCCUGAUGUUCAAGAAGACGCCUCCAGCGAUGGCACUGAACAAGAUUCAGAUUUAGAUGAUGAUAUCUCAGUGAUAUCAGGAGCCGGCUCUUCGGACAGUGGUUUGUCCGAUUUGAAUGAAGACCUGAAAGCUAUGGGAAUGAAUAUUCCAGAAAAUCAAUAAUUCUUUGUUUAGUGUUGUACUUAUGUAACCUUCCAUUGUAUUUUUUUCAUUAUUUUUCCCAAUACCUCAAAUUCUAUUACUCAGGAAUCUUUUACUCAUAACUCAGGAACAUUUUUUUUUCUUUUUGGCAUUACUUUUUUAAAAGAUAACAAACUUUGUUUUUAAUCAGAAAUAAAAUCUAAAAAUAUGGAGAA